AUGCCCCCAGCUUUGUUCUUCUUUCUCAAGAUUGCUUCAGCUAUUUGGGGGUCUUUUGUGACUCCAUACACAUUUUUGGAUUGUUUUUAUAUUUCUGUGGAAAAUGUUAGUAGAACUUUUAUAGGGAUUGCAUUGAAUCUAUGGAUGCCUUUGGGUAGUAAAGGCAUUUUAGCAAUACUAAUUAUUCUGAUCCAUGAGCUUGGGAUAUGUUUCCAUUUGUGUCUUCUUCAGUUUCUCUCAUCAAAAUUUUUAGUGUACAGAUCUUUUAUCUCCUUGGUUAAAUUUAUUCCUAAGUAUUUGAUUGUUUUUGAUGCUGUUGUGAAUGGGAAGCUUUUUCACGUGCUUUGUUGUUAG